AAGGACGGCAGACUCUAUAAGUGACAGGGAUCAGUGGAGCUCGCGAAGCAUGGCGUUGUGCAGGGUGCUGUGUUUAGUGCUCUUCAUUGCUGCGUGUUCGGAGGCUCUGUACAUCUUCCCUCCGAUCCACCUGCAGGCUCUGGCCACUGGGGGCUUGAAAGCCUAUAUGCAAGAUACAUGUGGCAUAGACGGAUUUGGCUUCCAAAUAAAGAGGACGAACGAGACGGCCUGGAAAACGGGAAACGGCACCAAAGAGGAGAUAUUUUGGACAUUCUGGGACCGAGGAAGGCAGGCCAAAGUCGGCGAUGUCUUUGACUUCUCAGCCAGAGUUUGGUACGAAGGAAUACCUUACACCUAUCCAUCAAACAAGUGGACUGUACCCGAAUUGGUCGAAGAAUUCACCGACCCACCCCACACUGAAACGGAAGAUAACUGCAUUCAGACCACCGAACUACCCAAGAAGAAGAUCAAAGAGGAACCUGAAAACAAAGAGACGACAAGGGAACCAAAGAAGGUGAAGAGCGAGGAGCAAGACCUUCUAAGGACGAUACCCCCAAGCGGGAUGUGCACCUAUGUCGAUCCUCCCAAGGCCAACUCGACCAAGGAGGAAGUCCUCGAAAAGCAGCUGUCCAUGCUCCAGUGCGAGAUGUCCGCCUUCCUGGAAAGGACUUCCAAACUCACCAGCGAACUCAAUAAAGAGCUCCUGGACCUGAAGAAACUCAAUUAUGCCGCAGUUGCCAGGAUGCAGCGACUGGAAUCCUUGAUCAGGACAAUCCCGAGGUCGAUCCCCUAUCCUUAUGUUUAGUCAAUUCGACCCCUAUGUCGCCUUUAUGAGGGGCUCGAGUGUAAUGUAUUUAUCAACACUACGCAUUCUAUUAUGUUUGAUCUCAAAUCAUGAAGUAUUUUUAUGAAACUAAAAUAGUUACCUUAUCGAGCAACAAACGUUACCUAAUACGUAAAACUUCAGAUUUGUGCAUGUCACGUA